AUGGAUACUGCGGAACAACACCUGAGCAUUGCGGCGAAGGAUGUCUCGCGAAUUGUGACUAUAAACUCGGAUGCGACGCAGAUAACCCCUGUGAAAAAGGAUGCUGACUUUUGCGGCAAGGAUGUUUGUGUGAACGAUUGUGAUCGCAAAUCGGAAUGUGACCCCGGCUUCGGAUUAAAGUGGGCAGAAAGCUCGACUUGUCCUUUGAACGUGUGCUGCUCCGAAUUUGGAUUCUGUGGAACGACUAAGGAAUUUUGCGGAAACACAACUGUGAAACAUAAAACCUGCUCAAAAGAUCGAUAUCUGUCGAGAAUAGUAGGCUACUAUGAAGGAUGGUCCACUCGGCGUCCCUGCUAUAGGUUUUGGCCUGAGCAGAUUCCACUUGGCGUGUAUAGCCAUAUCAAUUUCGCAUUUGCCACGGUCGAUCCUGAGACCUACGAAGUCCUACCAGCCGACAGUCGGGAUAAAGAUCUUUAUAAGCGAUUGAACUCCUUAAAGAAAUAUGAUCCUAAUGUGGAAAUCCUAAUCGCAUUAGGUGGCUGGACCUUUAAUGAUCCUGGGUCUACGGCUACGGUCUUCUCCGACCUUGCUGCGUCUGAAACAAAGCAGAAGAAGUUCUUUAAAUCUUUGACCAAUUUCUUGUUAAACUACGAUUUUGACGGUGUUGAUCUAGACUGGGAGUAUCCCGAAGCCACCGACCGCAGCGGAAAGCCUGAAGACUACAAAAAUUUCCCGACGUUUAUGAAAAACCUGAAGAACGCCCUAGAUGGAACAGGAGGGCGAAACACCCUUUCAAUCACACUCCCCGCCUCCUAUUGGUAUCUUUAA